CCCUUUGGAGCCGGAUGUCGAACGAAACAGCCUCUUGAGUCCUGAAGUGCUUAAUUUUAUAUAAAACCCUGGAAAUAACCCACAAACGUAUUCCCCUCAAGUCGUAUUAUGGAUUUGUACUUCCAACUCCAGAGAAUUUGUGGAGCUGAAAGCAUAAGGGUAAUGACGACUAACUGAUUGGGGGUUAGGGUUUAAGAUGGCUAUGGUCGCAGGGAUUGGACGUUUUCUGAAAAGCAGUGCAGCAUGGCGUGUGUUGGUAGCAAAGGAUGACGCCCUCUAUUCUCACUAUCCAAGCCAUACAAGAGGAAUAACUACAAAACUCUUCGUCGGAGGACUUUCCUUCUAUACAACAGAGGAUGCUUUGAGAAAGAAGUUUUCGGAGUUUGGUGAAGUAGUUGAUGUCAAAAUCAUAAUGGAUAGGGGUUCACAAAGAUCAAAAGGAUUUGGAUUUAUUUGGUAUGCUUCUGAAGCAGAUGCUGAAAAGGCGAAGAGUGAAAUGUGUGGCAAGGUUCUGCAUGGGAGGAUAAUCUAUGUGGAUGCUUCUAAACCCAAAUGGGCCAAAUCUCAGCUUGGUGGGGAUCUUCCGGGCAUUACAGCUCCCUUUUUUGACAGAGAGGAAACAGCAGUUGGUGGGGAGGACUUCGGAAAAUAUUAAUUCUUGGAUUCAAAACUUUCACACGUUCCCACGAAUUUCCCAAAGUUACCAGUAGCAUGUUGCUUGGGAUUGCAGUUCUAUGAAAUUCAAACGGUUUUAGUAUAUAAAAUAAUAGAAGAUAUGGAAGAAAGCUAGACUAGAAUCCUUAUAAAACCACAAGGGCUUAAUUCUUUGUUGUGUUUCCUCUGAUAGAAAACAUAUAGGCUGGUACCAUUCUUGUAGACAAGCACCUCUAAAGUUUUCACCAUUUAUGAAGAAAUACUUUUGAAGUGAAACACCUCUUAGGUUAUUAGGUCAAAAUUUAACUGGAAGUUAGUCAACCAUCCUCUUCAGGUAAUUUUGUUCUGUAUGCUUUUUUACUUAGUCAAAUUCCGUUGUAAUAUAUGGUCCAAUUUCUCAUUGAGAACUACAUCUGAAUUACCAUGAUGACACCGAUAAUGACAACUCAUACUAGUUUACACAUUUUCAGAAUUUGGUUACAUGUCAUUUCUAAUUUCUGAAAAGUUCAUCUUCCAUUUAUUGUUAUGAACAUUCAUCUAUUAUAAAUCAUGUUCAGGACUUUUAUUAAUCACUUUUGACUCA